AUGCCAAAAACUAGAAGCAAGGCAAGCUUCUUUCGCGCGCUUGAACGUCUCGAUGACUCCGACGAGACACCAGACGACGAGGGUUGCUUUGAAAGAAUUCUUACUAGCACCGGAUCUUCCUGUCAUCCGGUUGCAAGCAUCUCAACGUCGUCCAAUGUUGAUCGACUGUCGCUCUGUCGAUCAAACACUGCACCUCUGCCAUUGCGCACCGCCGAAGAAGAAAGUCAUGGAGGUACCGAUGCCUAUGACUCAAGCCAGCAGCAAAUACACAGAGCGUCCGAUCUAGGCUUGAGAACAGUCAAAAGAACCAUGACUACUGGUACUAUGCCCAGCAGUUCGAACGCUGUCAAGAGAGGGGAGGGUCCAGCAUCGAAGAAGCAAAGAACAAACAGUGUCAUCAAACUUGUCCCAGAGGGACAGCGAAUCUUCGAAGAUUUUGUGAUAUUCUUCUUUCCCAAUAACGACGUUUCACCAGCCCGCCGACUCCGUAUCCAGCGAGCCCGAGAAUACGGCGCUCAGUGGGCAACUGAGUGGAUCGACAGUAUAACGCACGUGGUCAUGGACAAGGAUUUGACGUGGUCUGACCUUGCCAAGUUCCUCGGGCUUGAAUAUCUGCCGGAACAUGUGGUUAUGGUGAACGAGAUCUACCCCUCUGAAUGCAUAAGAUUCCGGUCCGUGUUGUCUCCGGAACAAAAACGAUUUCGGGUAGAUGGGGUGAAGGCUCCAGAUGCUUCGACUGAAAACCCAUCCAAGCCAAGUGAACCGAGCCCGUCGAGCUCAUUAAGAGUUAAAGCAUCAAGAAGGAGUCUGGUCAAAACGCCAGAACCUUCGCCAUCUCAAUUGUCGGGGCCAGCAGCAGAUGUUCAAGCCUCGGCCGAACAUAUUCCUGGUUCAGUGGUCAUCCUCGGGAACACCGAGAGUAGAACAACCCUCAAUCUGGAUGCGCUGGAUGAGUUGCUAGCUGAGGCACGUGCGACAAGUCAAUUGCCUCUUGAUUUGUUAGAGAUGACGGAUGACGAAGCUGGCGAAUAUGAGAACGAAUCCGACUCGUCAACGUUCAAAGAUUCAUCUAAUCUAGAGCCAGAAAAAGUGGUGCCGACCAACGAGACAUGGGCACGCAGCUUUGCCUGUAUGCAAAAACUCAAUACUGCUGCAAAGUCCGAGAAUCCCAACAAGCGCACCAUCGAGGUCUUGCAACAAAUGCUAGAUUACUACUCACGCACUGGUGAUCACUGGCGAACACUAGCUUAUCGCAAGGCUAUCAGUGCCCUUAAAAGACAUUCCAAGAAAGUCACGUCAAGAGUACAGGCGCUUUCGAUUCCCGGUGUGGGCGCUCGACUAGCUGACAAAAUCGAGGAAAUCGUUCUGACGGACCGUCUUCGACGACUUGAUAAUGCUCAGGAGACUGUGGAGGACAAGCUUUUGCAACAGUUCAGGGGCAUUUACGGAUGCGGCCUUGCGCAAGCGUCCAAAUGGGUCGCUCAGGGCUAUCGAAGCCUCACUGAUCUUCGGGAGCGGGCUUCUCUCACCAAGAAUCAGCUGAUAGGUCUCGAUAGGUAUGACGAUUUCGCAAAGCGCAUACCCCGGCAUGAGGUGGAAGCCCACGGGGCACUUGUGCGACAAGCCAUCCAGUCCGUGGAUGGAAGAGUCCAGGUCAUCAUUGGAGGCUCUUACCGCCGUGGUUCCCCAGAUUCCGGGGACGUUGACUUGCUAAUCACUGAGCCCGGAUCCAACUUGCAGCAGAUCCGAGCUGUCGUCCUUGACACAGUGAUACCCAAGCUUUUCAAGAGCGGCUACCUACAAGUCGGACUUCAAACUUCUCGGCGGAAUGGCGAGGGGUCGAAAUGGCAAGGAGCAUCCAAGCUCCCAGGAAGUGACGUUUGGCGACGUCUCGACCUGCUCUUCGUGCCCGGGGAAGAAUUCGGGGCAGCCUUGCUCUACUUCACAGGCAACGAUAUCUUCAAUCGAAGUCUGCGGCUUCUUGCGCGCAAGAAAGGAAUGUGCUUGAACCAAAGAGGGCUAUUUACGGAUAUGAGGCGUCGUGGACCAGCAAAGGUUAACAAGGGUCGACUACUCGAGGGACGUGACGAACGGCGAAUCUUUGAGCUAUUGGGUGUCCCCUGGCGAGCUCCCGAGCAGCGCAACUGCUAA